UUUAGUUUUAAUUUCUUGUGUGUUUGGAUGAUGACAUGAUGUGGCGGCGGAUGGCAUUAAUGAUUUAUGGUAUCCUGUUUAUACAUGACGCCAGGAUAUGCAAUGGACAACAAACGCACAUUAAACUGGAGCAAGGCGAUCUUAUUGGUCUAAAGGUAUUUCCCGAUGGAGCACGUAGCUCGGUGUACGCGUUUCUGGGUGUUCCCUAUGCCCAGGCUCCAGUGGGCGAAUUAAGAUUUGCGGCGGCCAAGCCACAUCCUGGAUGGAAUCGCACACUCCAAGCCAUGCAAAUGCAAUCCGUUUGUCCACAGUUAACCAACACCAUUUACGAUGAGAAUGCCGAUGGUAGUCUGGCCAGACCCAUCUCAACGGAUGAGGAUUGCCUAUUCUUGAAUAUUUGGACACCAGAGACGGGAUUACGUUAUGGUAAAUUGCCCAUAUUGGUAAUCAUCAGUGGUGAGGAGUUUGCCUACGAUUGGCCCAGGAAUCGCAUCAAUGGCUUGGAUUUAGCCGCCGAGGGCAAUGGAAUACUGGUAGUUAGUGUCCAGUAUCGUAACAAUAUCUAUGGAUGGCUGGGAUUAGGCAGCCAGCAUCGUCAUUUACCUGGAAACUAUGGAAUGACGGAUGUUCAAUUGGCUUUGGAAUGGCUGCAAGCAAAUGCCAUUUCCUUUGGUGGUAAUCCAGAUCAGAUAACUUUACUUGGACAUGGCAGUGGUGGCGCUGGCUUGGCAGUUGCCUUAAGCCUGCAGGAAUCGGGCCAGAGCAUUCACCAGUUGAUACUGAUGUCUCCGGGGCCGAUAAUGCUCAACUUGGGCAAGGGGCACGAACAGCGUAUUGAGGAGACGGGCCGUUUGCUGGUCCAGAAAUUAGGAUGUCAAUUCGAAGAGGCUCAACGGCGUCAACUCCUGGGUUGUCUUCGCCGGAAGAGCCAGGAAGACUUAUUAAGAGCUUACGAGAGCAUUUAUAAUCAUGGCAAUGGCAGCUUACAGCUCGGUGUAGUCCUACCUCAAGGAGGUCUGGAUGAACAGCUCAUUAAGGGAAACAAAACGCUAGCUCUGCCUCCAAUUUUGAUUGGCAUUACAUCAAACGAGGGAGCUUUUCUACAGGACUAUUGGUUAGAUGUGGCCAGGGAGGGAGCACCGGCUCUACAGGAUUACAUAAAUUACACUCUGAUGCCCAAUGUUCUGCGUUCUCUGGAUAAGGAUGCCUUCAACUUUGAAGAUAGAAGUGCUCAAUCGGAACUAUUGGCUAUUCAAUGGCGAUAUUUUGGUAGAGAAGCAAAUGUCCACCAAUUGCUAAGUGGAAUGCAACGUCUGAUAUCUGAAGCUCUUUAUGAGCUACCAUUCCAUCGAUUUCUGGAUCUCGUCAACGGCUCAUCGGUUUCGGUAUAUGCUUACGUUUUCGAUCACAAAAACUCAAUGGAUAUGAGGGGCAGAGUAAAUCUUUUCGGCGGAGCCUCGCAUAGCUCGGAUUUGCCUUUAUUGUUGGGACCAAGUCUAUUCCAGCAGAUAGCUCGAAGACGCUUUAAUAGCGAUGAGGAGCAGCUUUGUCGUAAGCUGAGGGGAGCGCUUGCAAACUUUGUAAAAAGCGGCAAUCCUACUCCUGGACGCAUCUACGAUGCUUGGAUGCCCUACACAAAGCGAAAUCCAUUUAUCUACAGCCUGGGAGAGCAACAGCAGCAGCAGCAACAUCAGGUGGGAGGAUCGCAGGAUGACAUUGCCAUUGAGAAAUUGCUAAGAGGUGAUGCAUCAUUGGGGACUGAUCGAAGCCUCUCUCGAACGAAUCGCCACGAUACCUACAGACCCAAUCCGAACUCUUAUACGGCCACCAAUCAACUGGAUUCGGGCUAUGCUCAUCAUCUGGAACGUGUGUCUGGUUUCUGGCAGGUUUUACUGCCUUUGGAGAGAAAUCAACAGCUACUGAGCGGAUCCCUUGGGCAGAGAGUGCGCCUAAUGGAGGCCCAUGCCGAUGCUGCUCGCUAUCGUCAGGGUUUCUAUGCCAUGUUGGGUCUGGUCUGCUUGCUACUGGCUUGUCUGUGCUUGUGUGUCUAUCUGCUAAGGCGCCAGCCAGAUUCACUUAGACGACGCACUGCAUCACAAUCGGAAUGCGAUUGCUUAUGACAAAAGUG